AUGUCAUCUCCUCUCAGAUUCUUCUUCAUAUUCAUUGGUCUUGUGCUAGCUGUCGCAGUUGCUCGUUCAUCUCAAGGAGCAGCUCUCUCUCUAUCUCCAGAAGUUUCAGCCUCUCAAGCAUUCAAUGGGCACUAUGUCUGGCCAACAGCAGAGAAGCGUGAAGUCUACGGAUGGAAUGAUUGCGAAUUUUCUCCACUAAGCUGUCUUCUGAGGAAGAGACGAUCAAUUGAUCGAAUGUUUGAACAAUAA